AUGCUCGCUCGUUAUCUCCCGUUCAUCACGGCCGCCUCAGCCGCCCUCACCUACAAAGGUGUCGAUUGGUCCUCGGUCAAGGUUGAGGAGGACUCGGGCGUCUCUUAUUCCACGGCCAGCGGCACUGGGGAGUCCCUCGAGAAGAUCCUGUCCUCUUCGGGUGUUAACACCGUUCGCCAACGUAUCUGGGUCAACCCUUCUGACGGCAAUUACGACCUCGAGUACAAUCUCGCCCUUGCGAAGAGGGCAGAUGCUGCCGGGCUAGGCGUCUACCUUGACCUGCACUUCAGUGACACGUGGGCGGACACCGGCAACCAGGCAAUUCCCUCGGGAUGGCCUACGGACCUGAACGACCUGACCUACAAGCUGUACAACUACACCAAUGACUUGUCCAACCAGUUUGCCUCGGCGGGGAUCACGCCGAAGAUAAUUUCCAUCGGCAAUGAGAUCGGCAUGGGACUGCUCUUUCCAACGGGCAAGUACAGCGACGAGGCUUCUUUCAGCAGCAUUGCCUCUCUCCUCCACAGCGCCGCAUGGGGAAUCAAGGACUCGAACCUGGAGACCGCUCCCCAGAUCAUGAUCCACAUUGCGAACGGCUGGGACUGGGACACGGUCGAAUGGUACUAUUCGGGGAUCCUGGGGGCAGGCGAGCUCGAGACGUCGGACUUCGACAUCAUCGGCCUGUCGUACUACCCCUUCUACAACGCCGAGGCCACGCUGGCCAACCUCAAGACGUCGCUCAGCAACGCCGCCACCAAGUGGGGCAAGGGCCUGGUCGUCGCCGAGACGAACUGGCCGACCUCGUGCCCCAGCCCGGAGUACACGUUCCCGUCCGACACGACCGACAUCCCAUUCUCGGCCGAGGGCCAGUCGACGUGGCUCAAGGACGUCGCCGAGGUGGUGGCGGGGGUCAAGAGUGGCCUCGGGCUGUUCUACUGGGAGCCGGCGUGGCUCGACAACGCCGCGCUGGGAAGCUCGUGCGAGUACAACACCAUGUUCUCUGCGUCCGGCGAGGCUCUCUCGAGCCUGUCGACGUUUUCUAGCCUGUAG